AAAAACAUUUGCCCAGCAGAACUUUGAUUCAUCAUAACGAAGCGGAAAAUUUCUUAUUGGUUACACGAACAGUUUCAAUAAGGCGUGAAGAAAACAGAACACCAUCAGGAUUAGUUUCAAUGAAUCGUGUAACGGAUUCGACAUCCAACCGUACAUCCCACAGUCGCCAUGUACGUCACAGCGUUCUCGUUAUCUUUACCUCUGAUAGUAGCUACGUCACUCGCAUUAAACGCAAAUGUACCCGCCACCCGGUUUAACAAGUACGUUGUCAUCAACACUCCGGUGACCUAUUUCGAGGCUUGGAGAGGUUGCCAAUAUUAUGGCCAACAGUUGGCCUCCAUCACCACCCGGGAGGAGAACGAAAUCCUGCGAGAGCUCCUGAGCAAGCCGGAAUAUAUCAAUCACACCUAUUGGAUAGCAGGGACGGACAUCGGCCGAGAAGGUCAGUGGGUCUGGAUAACGAGUAAUGAACCGGUGGUUCUGUUUACCAACUGGGGGCACGUCGGUCCGGACGAUUCCAACAUCCAGGAUUGUAUGACCGUGGGCCAGUUCGCGGAUGAUCGGACUUUGUGGGACGAUGUCGAUUGCGAGAAAAUGUUUCACUUUAUCUGUGAACGCAUUCCGCGCAAGCCUGUAAGUCGAUAUCACUAACGGGGUAUGUCUAUGUUUGCCAACUGCUUUCGAUUAAUGAUUCUGGUUACUAGUACAUCAAAUUAUUUUGUCUUUGAGAAAU